UGUAAAAUGUCAUUUUGUCUGUUUCGAGAGAGGGGUGUAUUUUCUGAAUUCCGGUUAAAAUUGUGACUUUUUUUAAAUAAACCAUUUACACUUACCUCUAACAAAAUGGAUGAACAAUAUGAAAGUGUUAAAUUGUGUUACACAAUACACAAAUACUCCAGUUACUCUGCCAAUUAUUUACCAGAAAACAUCAUGAAAAAUAAUCCCUCUGACCAAUUAUCUAGGUGGUUUACAGAUAGCUCAACACCUUGUCAAUAUAUCAUGCUCAAAUUAAAAACCCCAUGUAUAGUGGAGACAAUAAAAUUUGGUAAAUAUAUAAAAGCCCAUGUCAGUGAUCUAAAGAAAUUUCAAAUAUUAGGUGGCACUGAUGAAAAUCACUUAUCAAUAUUAUUAACAGGAGGUUUGAAAAAUGAUAGUCAAGAUGAAACGUUUAGGUUACGACACCGAACAUCAGAAGGACUGUAUUUACCAGUGCGGUACAUUAAAAUUGUACCUCUUCAAUCAUGGGGUCCAGCAUAUAACUACACCAUAUGGUAUGUUGAAUUGCAAGGCAAAAACCAUGAGAACUUAAUCAACUCGACUAUGGAUACAAUUGACUUGCGCAAAGAAGAAGAAGCUGUUCGGAUACUUUUAAAACAUUUACGCCGACGGCGUUACAAAGACGCCUUCGAAGCUCUGUCGCGAGAGAGUGGGGUUCAGUUAGAAGGUCCGGUCCAGACGCGGCUGUGGAACGCACUGGUUGAGAAUGGAGAUUACAAACUUGCUGAAAAGAUAUUUGAAGAAGCUGCUGAUGAGGGCGAGCUGGACUGGUACAUGUCGUGGCAGCCGUACACUCCGGAGUGGAGGCAGCUGAGCGGCUGCGCGGCGGCGGCGGAGGAGCUGCUGUGCUGCGACACGCUGUCGCGCCCCGCCGACCUGCUGUGCGACGACCGGGAGUCCCAACCCGAUACACCCGACGUGGUGGAGGCGUGCUGCGCGGCGUGCGCGGGCGGCGCGAGCUGCGCGCGGCCCGGCCCGCGCGGCGGACACCAGCUCGUCGUCGACCCCAACACUGGUACACUGUAUUUAUUCGGCGGAUGGAAUGGUGCAGAAGAUCUCGACGACCUGUGGAGCUACGACACGAAAGCAGAGAGAUGGACUCUCCUAUGUCGGCACAGCGGCAUGGUGAACGGACCUUCUCCUCGUUCCUGUCACAAAAUGGUUUUCGAUCCCGUGCACGAACGGCUAUAUAUGCUUGGACGGUAUUUGGACAACGUGCAGAGGAUUCCGUGUAAUAUGAAUAGUGACCUGUACAUGUACGACGUGUCGAGUGGCGAGUGGUCGCUGGUGAGCGGCGACACGGCGGCGGAGGGCGGGCCGCGGCUCGUGUUCGACCACCAGAUGUGCAUAGACCCCGACACUCAGACCAUCUACGUGUUCGGCGGUCGCGUGCUGCCCGCUAACUCUGAGGAGUUGGCAUGUCCGCAGUACUCGGGUUUAUAUGCGUACUACAUCGCGCGCAACACAUGGCAGCUUCUCCUAGCGGACAAGCACGACCUGCACGCGCCGCAGUCGCGCGUCUCGCACUCUAUGCUGUUCCAUCCGGUGCAGCGGCGCCUGUACAUGUUCGCGGGGCAGCGCAACAAGGAGCAGCUGGUGGACCUGUGGUGGUGGGACUGCGGCACCAACGUGGCGCACGCCGUGUGCCGCGCGCCCGCCCGCGCGCCGCCCUCGCAGGGCUUCACGCAGCGCGCCACGCUCGACCCCGACGCCGACGAGAUACACGUGCUCUCGGGUAUGAGCAAAGAAAAGGACAAGCGCGUGUACAACACGCUGUGGAUUUUUUCUCUGCGGCGACUCACGUGGACGUGCGUGUACCGCAACGAGAGCGUAGCGCCCGACGAGCCGCGACCUCGCUUCGCCCACCAGCUCGUGUACGACCCCUUGAGGAAGAUGCACUACCUGUUCGGCGGCAACCCGGGCACGUCGAGCAGCCCGCGCCUGCGGCUGGACGACCUGUGGGCGCUGCGCCUGCGCCGCGCGAGCCCGGCGCGCGUGCGCGGCCGCGCGCUGGCGGCGCUGCGCGAGGCGCGCUUCCGCGAGCUGGCGGCCGCGCCCUGCGGCGCCGUGGCCGCGCUGCACUACCUGCGCAACGACCUGUGCGCCGCCACCGACCACUCCGACCCGAGCCAGGUAGCUCAUUUUCAAAAGUUAGCGACGAUUUUAUUCAGUGGCUCCGAGGCUCCCGACCUCAGAGCGGUGUCACUAAAUGCGCGUCGAGAACGCACACUGAUGCGUCGCCGUGCUGAGCUGCACCGGAACGCGCACUGCGGAGACUUGGCGCAGGCACUCGCUGCGGUGCUCGGCACAGAUGACUCGCUGCUCGAGCCCACUCAGCCGUUCGAGGAGACGUCGUCGCCCACGCCCGACACGUGGGACGCGGGCGAGCACGAGGACGACGAGCCCGACGGCGCCGAGCGCGACGCCCGCGCCGUGCGCGUGCAGGUGUACGACCAGCUGUGUCGGUACUUCCGGCCCUCCACCGUGCCGCCCAGCGCAGACAUCACCGACUUGGUCAAAAUGUAAGAAUGAUCGAGUAAGCGAACUAAAAAUUUCGGAAACCGAGUGAAUUUGAACAUACAAAUCAUCUUUUCGAAUUUUACUUUUUAAGUAAAAUACAGUAUUUAAAACUGUUAGUCAUUGUGAAAAGUAAAUAAUAUAUUCCUAUAACGUGCGAGUUUUUUUUAAAGAAUGAAAUGAUUUAAAUUAUUUUAAUAAGCUCUCUAAACAUUUUAGUAAGAUAGAUAGAUACCUAUACAAAAUUGACUGGGUAACUCCUGUUUACUGGAACGUUUAAAUUAUAAAAAAAAAAAAAAUUGGCUAUGGUAUUUUUCUGAGGCAGUAUGUUUGAAAGUAAUUUAAAUUCUUAUAAUUAUAAUUUAAAAAAAAAACUAAUAUACAUUAGCGAAAAAGUUAAUAAUACGAUUUUAUAAGGUACGUAAAUUAAAAAAUUUGUUAAUAUUUGGUAGUACUGGUCAAUCAGCUUGGAGAGUUUUUAGUACUGUAAUAAAUACGGUUAAAGUGAUAUGAAAUAUCAUGCCGGUUUGUUUAUUAUUCGAUUCUUAAUAAUUAUUUCGAUGUUGAUUUAGUUUAUUAAGUGUUGUUAUUUGAUAUUAAAUAUCUUAAUUUGAAUUAACUCAUCCAGAAUGUAAUCCUAUAGAAAAAUAUGAGAAGCAUGGUGAAAACCUAUGUUGCAGAAAAAAUGUCAUAAUUAAUAUAAAUGCUAUUAUAUCGACGUUAGCUGAGGAAAAUUUAAUGCCAUAAAUGUAGUGUAGAGGAAUGCUAUUUAUUAAAAAAAAAAAAGAAACAGAGUAGUGACCAGGUUUUAAAUACUACAAACAAAUAAAUACGAAAAUUCAUGUUUAAUUUUUAAUAGAUAACUAGCUGCCCCGACUUCCCUUGCAUUUUGAUUUUAUCUAAUAUCUCAAUGGAUCUAAUCGCCCAUUUGAAUAAAUUAAUACGUUUAAUAUUAAAUACCCACUAAUAAAAUGAGUAUUUAUUUAUUUAUUUAUUCAAUGACCGUUCACUACUACAAGCGCUAAAACGUCUUCAAGCUGAUUUUACUACAAUUAUUUAUAAUUUUAGGCUAGGAUUUAAUCACGACUUUUUUAUUCAGAUUUAUCUAACGCCACAAUAUUCGUUAGCAGUAACUUGUUUAGAUAUAGUCAUCUUUACGGACACAUAUUACAUAAUGUAUAUUGUCAGUUAUAGCCUUUUCUAAUUGAAGAAGUUUUUUUUUUGUAUAGAAUAGUAAUAAUAACUGUGCCACAUCAUGCACUAAAAUAAUUCUUGAUUAAUAUAUAUUUAUUUAUAAUACUUUAUAAUAAUUUUACUUCUAAAGUUAUGAUACCGAUAAUGUCAGUGAACAUUCAAAACGCAAUUUUUUCACAAAUCCAAAAUAAAUGGUAUAUAUAAAUCUAGAUGUCGACAAGUUAUAUCACGUUAAUUCAAUUUCAAAGUUGUUAAUUUGUUUUUAAUCCCGCUGUGAUCGGAAUAAGGUAUACAUAACAGUCAAUAAUAUUAAAUUAAUCAAUAAGUAUUCUUUUAUACUAUAUAACUAAUUGUAAAUAUUAUGCAAUCGAUAAGAAUUUUUAAAUUUUAGAGGCAUCAAUUUGCAUUUAAAUUUGACAAACUUAUUAUAAACUGUCCUAUUUAUUUAACUCAUUGAUAUAUCUAAGUGAUAUGUACUAUUAAUAUUUAAUCAAUUUAUUUAUAAUAAAUAAAAUGUAUGACCAGAUGGGAGACUUGAGAAUAUAUUUGGUAUUAAUUAAAAAAUCCAAUGUUUAUUUUGUAGAUAAAAACACUGUAAGGAAACUUUUUUUUUUUACUGUGAUAAAAACAUAGUCAUCGACUAUAACGAGGUAGUUUGUAUUGUGCCGUUGCGCAUGCUGUGUAUUUAUUUUAAGCAUUUAAUGAUUAAAAUUAUUAAAUAUU